AUGAACCUCAAAAAGCCCGAAUGUGCCUCCGGAUCCACCCCCACUGACCUAACAGUGGUGGUGGUGCUACUUUACAAAUUAUUUUACUGUGCAAACAUAGAAACAGGGUUUGAGGAGUCUAUCUCCUACCAUCUCAUGCAGACAUCAUCCUUUCACAACCAUUCCUGGGUACAUGUGGGCUCAGGCUGGUUGGGGGAGCUGCAGACUCACAGAUGGAACAGCAGCUCUGGUACCAUCAUUUACCUGUAUCCCUGGUCCAGGGGCAACUUCAGUAACAAGGAGUUGAUGUAUGUGGAAAGGUUGUUCCAGUUAUACUUCAAUGAACAUCAGGACUAUUAUAUUUCUCAAUUAAUGUUUAAAGAUCCCUUUGAUCUGCAGGUGACAGCAGGCUGUGAACUGCACUCUGGGAAGGGCUUCCUAGGCUUCAAGCAGGGCUUCUUAGGCUUGAAGCAUGUAGCUAUCCAAGGACAUGACUUCGUGAGCUUCCAGAAUCAAACAUGGUCACCAUCUCCCAAGGGUGGAAUAAAGGCCCAGAAAGCCUGCAAUAUACUCAAUCUGAACCAAGUCCUUACACAUAUGGCACAUAGGCUCCUCAGUGACACCUGCCCCCGUUUCACCUUGGGUCUUCUUGAUGCAGGGAAGGCUCAUCUCCAACGACAAGUGAAGCCCGAGGCCUGGCUGUCCAGUGGCUCCAGUCCUGGGCCUGGCCAUCUGCUGCUGGUGUGCCAUGUGUCUGGAUUCUACCCAAAGCCCGUGUGGGUGAUGUGGAUGCAAGGGGACCAGGAGCAGCAGGGCACUCAGAGAGGUGACAUCCUGCCCAAUGGUGAUGGGACGUGGCAUCUCCGAGCAACCCUGGAUGUGGCAGCUGGGGAGGCGGCUGGCCUGGCCUGCAGGGUGAAGCACAGCAGCCUAGGAGGGCAGGACCUCGUCCUCUACUGGGCACCUCAUAGAUCCCUGGGCUUGGUCCUCUUGGCAGUGAUAGUGGCCCUGGCUCUUCUGACAGGUCUUGGAUUUUGGUUUAGGAAACGCUGGACAUACUUUGAAGCUCCCUGA